GAACAGUCUCAGUCGUAUUUUGAAUGUUAUCGAAUGCAUUUUAAGAUAUAUACCUUGCUGUCGUAUAAUUCGUAUGCUGUACGGGGCGCGUGAGAAUAUCUUGUGUGUGAAUUCAAUGAAAACGAAAUCUUUAAACAUUUUGAAUUUACUGGUUGAUCUAAUGUUUUUCAUGUGUUACAUAAGAACACUUCAAUAAAAAUAUAAAGAAAUAAUUGGAGAACAAAGUGAUUAUGUUAUAUGAAUCGUGAGAAAUUUAUCAUUGAAUGAAUGAACGAAUAACAAAAAAAGUUAUUAAUUUGCCGAAAAAACACAAGAAACAAAAAGCACAAAUUUUGUUCGUUUUGUGUAUUCAUGCUUUGUGAUCACAAUUAAUUUUCGUAUGAAGUGUAGCAAUUUUGGUUGUCGUGUUUUCGAAGAUGAGUCGUCUUUUGUGGAUGAAGCUUGAAUAAACCUUUUUGUGGAUUUACUUUUUUAAGCAGCGGUCUUCAUAUUAGUAAUGAAGAUUUCGUCAAUAUGGUUAAUUGUGACGCUGUUGGCUAUUUGCGAGGAACAGAUUGAGUCAGCUGUAGUGCCACCACCAUGGAGUGAUCCAUACAAUAAUCCCUGUGCGUCCCAACCGGGUGGUUGGCAACUGCUCUAUUGGCCACCGUUAAAAAAAUGUUUCAAAAUUUUCACGUUGGGCUAUCCGUGUCCAGAUACUAUGGAAUUGAGUCCGGUUGGAAGCAGUGCCAUUUACAAAUCUACAAUGACAACUGCAGAAUGUCGUUGUCCUCCAGGCACUGCGCAGAAUAAAAUUACAUCUAAAUGUCACACCUUGUUUGAACGAGGACCGUGUGAAUUGGGACAAUAUUUUGCACCGGUCUCGGAUUCGCCGGCAAGAAGCGCUGUACCGAAGAAACGUUUUGGUUACUGUAAAACUCCGGAAAAAUGCUAUAACUCUAUGGUGUCCUGGCCACAUGAUGGCAAAUGUUAUACAUUGCACACACGAGGACCUUGUCAAAAAGGCAAGCUUCUAGCGAUAGGAAAGGAUAAACUAACUGAAUGUUUGUGUGAAAAUGAAGGUGAAUUAGCACAGUACUUUUAUAGCACUGACAACACAUGCUAUGAGCAUUUUACAAAAGGUCCAUGUGAGGGACUCGGUCAAUUAUAUCUUCCGGGCGGCAAGUGCGGAUGUCACGUAAAGUUGCCACAUUAUCAUGAAGAAACGGAUCAGUGCUACGAAAUCGGAACGAUUGGACCUUGUCCUAUGGGUCAUAUAUUUCAAAUAGGCGAAAGUAGCGAAGGAACAAAGGAGGUAAAAGCUUCGUGUCAAUGCAAAGAGGGUUAUGUGGUCUGGAAGAACGGAUAUUGCUAUCGAAUGUACACCCGAGGUCCAUGCGAGGAUGGUGAAUUUUUGUUGAACUCAACGGAUUGCAUUAAAAAUCCGUGCGGUAAAGGUCGCCUGUAUUUCCCGGAAGAGAAAACAUGUUAUCGUGUCGGCACACAGGGACCAUGCAACUGGCAACAAGUAGUUGUAUUCGACUUCACAACACGUCCCUCAGUUGAGGGAAUUAGUUAUAACGGAGUGUGCGGAUGCACUGGCAUUAUUUCAAAUUUAGAUCAGCAAUGUAGUGAAGAUCAAACGGAAGAAUCAGCGUGCGAAUCGACCACUGGCAUGGUCGAAUUGAAUGGACAAUGUUAUAAAUUGUACAGUCGCGGUCCAUGCGGUCCCGGACAAUGGUUAGAACGACGAAAGAUUGUUAGUCGAAUCGAUCGGCGCGGUGCCAUAUGUCAGUGUCGUCCCGGUUAUACACAAUAUGAAUCAGACGAUGGAAUUGUCGGCUGUUAUGCGCCCAGUGUCGGAAUAGCCAGGUAUUUGAAUGGAAAGAAUUACAAAAACUAUACAUUCGGGUUUCGAAGGUUUAUCAGUAUGCUGGGCACCAGUGCUUGAAUUUAAAAUUGAUCCAUGAAAUCAAUACCAAAAAGACUGACAACUGAUAUCUCAGGAUUUAACUUCUAAGCUUCGAAUGUUCCCCUUCGUCCUCGUAUCUAUAUGUUUGACAAUCCUACUAAAAGCCUAGAGUAUUAUUCCUCUGUCGUAUUGUGCAUGGCGCAUGUAUUGAAAUAUAUACGAAACUAUAUUCCUAUUUUGCGUGGUAAAAUAGUUAUGCAUGGACACUAGAAAUAGCCUUCGGGUAACACGUAUAACGAUAUUUCUUAUCUAGGUGGUUUCUACAAUUAAUCGGCUACGAUAACAGGAAUACAAAAAUCGACGAAUGACCUCGGUUCGGAAAACGUUUGUUGCGUUCAAUUAUUCGAUUAACCUUUCAGAAACGGCUGAUCAUUGGCUCUAUCGACGGGAACGACAAAAAAAUGGGCGUGAUGUCGUUUCUGAAAGGUUAAGAACUUGUUUUUUGAUAUAGCUGCGUGAUGAUGUACAAUUAAACUAGAGUAAUUAGAAGUAAGAAAUGUGAUUGUGCCAUAAUAGUGAUUUGAUAAUUGAAAAAUAAAGCAAAAUGGCGA